AUGGGCCCUAUUCAGAGUCACAGCCUCAAAACUUGCGUGCGUUCAGUCAAACAGCGUUGCCACGUCAGACGACACCCGUCGUCAACCGAUUCGUACGACUCCAAUAUCCGAGCUGGCAAAAGUCCGAGGAUGUACCGUACGACGUCGUGUCGAACGUGUGGUCGGCGUGGCUAUUGUAACAUCCACACAAGCCGUCAGCAGCACCAUCAAUUAAUUCAAAACGGUACACACAACAGUAUAGUUGUCAAAACCGAACCGGACCGGCCGUUCCGACCGGUUGAACCGGGAACCGGCCAGCUAACCGGUUGUGAUAUUUUCCUGCACAUACAAAGCCGAGGGACAUUUAGCCUUUCGUGCAGAGGUUUGUGGAGACUUUGGAUUAUUACUCUGGCUGUGUUCAAGUCGGUCGAUGCGGCGAUGGCGCGGGAUAAGAAGGAGAGGAUAAGCGCGGAGCAGCAUUGCCUCGCGAGGGAUAUUGUGAACAUUGUGGCGUGCAAGGGGAAGGAGAGGGUCGAGGGGCACGAGCUUUUCGGGAAGUGGAGGAUGAGGUUCGUGAUGGCCGGUUUUCGGCAGUUGCCGUUGAGCGCGUACGUGAACUCGGUGAUUAGGGGUUUGCUCGGCUGUUACUCGGAGCAUUACACCCUGGUGGAGAAGGAUGGGGCAAUGCUGUUGGGAUGGAAGGGGAGGGAUCUGGUGUCGGCGUCUGCUUGGUGCUGA